AUGGGCCCGCGGAGCCGCGAGCGUCGGGCGGGGGCAGUACAGAGCACUAACGACAGCAGCGCCCUCAGCAAGAGUUCCCUGGCCACGCACGGGUACGUGCACGACCCCUUUGCAGCGUUGCUCGUUCCAGGGACCGUACGCCGCGCGCCGCUCAUCCACCGCGGCUACUACGUCCGCGCACGCGCCGUGGGGCACUGCGUGCGCGCCUUCCUGGAACGGACGUGCGCGGCCCCCGGCGCGCCUCGGGCACAGAUAGUGUCGUUGGGAGCUGGCUCCGAUUCUCUGUAUUUUCGCCUGAAAAGUGAGGGCCGCCUGGCCGAGGCUGCAGUCUGGGAGGUAGACUUUCCGGACGUGGCCCGGCGCAAAGCGGAAAGGAUUCGAGAUACGCCGGAACUGUGCGCGUUAACUGGGCCUUUCCAGAACGGGGACCCCGCGUCAGCACUGUGCUUUGAGAGUUUGGACUACCGCCUCCUGGGCCUGGACCUGCGACAGCUCCCGCGAUUGGAUCAGGCCCUGGCCGCCGCGGGCCUCCACGCAGCCGCGCCCACUCUGCUCCUAGCAGAGGCAGUGCUGACCUACCUCGACCCGGACGAGGCCGCGGCCCUCAUCGCCUGGGCAGCCCAACGUUUUCCUGAUGCUCUUUUCGUAAUCUACGAGCAGAUGAGACCGCACGAUGCGUUUGGCCAGUUCAUGCAGCAGCAUUUUCGGCAGCUUAAUUCUCCCCUUCAUGGCCUGGACCGCUUUCCCGACGUGCAGGCCCAGCAGCAUCGCUUCCUUCAGGCUGGCUGGACUGCCUGCAGUGCCAUGGACAUGAAUAAAUUCUAUCGCUGCUUUCUCCCCCCAGAAGAAUGCCAGCGAGUGGAAAAUCUUGAACCUUUUGAUGAGUUUGAGGAGUGGCAUCUGAAGUGCGCCCACUAUUUCAUUUUGGCCGCUUUUAGAGGAGAUGCUCUCACCCAAACUCUGGUGUUUCCACCCUCAGAGGCGUUUCCUCGAGUAGAUCCUGAUUCUCCAUCAGGAGUCUUGCCUGCCAGUGUAGUCACCAGUGACAACCAGGGCCCAAACCUUAGGAGAUAUGGGCACGCUUCUGUCCUUUUGAGCCCAAGCAUUAUUCUUAGUGCAGGAGGAUUUGGAGAACAAGAGGGGCGGCAUUGCCGAGUGAGCAAGUUUCACUUGCUGUCAAGACAUUGUGACUUUGAAUGGAAAGGCAACCAAAUACGCAGUUGUGAGACUGGAGCCCAGUGGGAUGGGCGCCUUUAUCACACCAUGACAAGACUUUCAGAUACUCAGGUUCUGGUUCUGGGAGGGAGACUGUCCCCAGUAACUCCAGCCUUGGGGAUUCUACAACUUGGUGUCUGUAAGAGUGAGGAUAAUAGCACUGGGGACCUAAAUGUAACAGUAACAAAGGCUGGCCCAGAAGAUUCCAUGUUGUCAUGUUGGCGGCAUUCAACAACAGAAGUGUCCUGUAACAAUCAGAAGUAUUUGUUUGUGUAUGGGGGUCGAAGUGUGGUGAAACCUGUUCUAAGUGACUGGCAUUUCCUACAUAUGGGGACAAUGGCCUGGGUCAGUAUCCCAGUGAAGGGGGAAGCACCUGAAGGUCGGCAUUCACAUAGUGCCUGCAGCUGGCAAGGGGGAGCCCUUAUUGCUGGAGGUCUGGGUGCUUCUGAGGAGCCACUGAGCUCUGUACUCUUUUUAAAACCAAUUUCUUGUGGAUUCCUGUGGGAAUCAAUAGUCAUCCAGCCCCCCAUUACUCCAAGGUAUUCACACACAGCUCAUGUGCUCAACGGGAAGCUUCUACUGGUUGGUGGGGUUUGGAUUCAUUCCUCCUCAAUUCCUGGGGUGACUGUAAUUGAUUUGACUACAGGGUUGAGCUCUGAGUAUCAAAUUGACACAACAUGUGUGCCAUGGCCAUUAAUGUUACACAAUCAUUCCAGCAUCCUACUUCCUGAAGAGCAACAGCUCCUGCUCCUUGGAGGUGGUGGGAACUGCUUUUCUUUUGGCACCUACUUCAACCCCCAUGCAGUGACAUUAGACCUUUCUUCCUUAAGUGCUGGACAGUAGGACUGGACUUUUGAAAUAUUCAAGAAUCACUGAAGUACACAAUAAAGGUUUCCACAAAUAGGAUUUGACUGUGGCUAUACACACUACAACUCUUUCCUUCCCCAUCAUUUUCUUCUCUUUAGCACUACUAUCCAGUGCAGAAAGUGAAACAGGUUGUUAAAACACAUACCAACAUUCAGAGAGAUGGUACAAAAAUAAAACAUAAGUAGGCCUGUCCAAAGAGAAUGACCAUACAGUCCUAGAAUAGGAAUUGGGGAGCCUUUGGAUCCCUAUGUGUCUAGUUGAUUGGUUUUCCUCAUCUAAGUUUAUCCAUUUAUUGUGUUACAAUGACCUUCAGCCUAAGUCAAGUGAAAAAUUUCCCACUCAGGCUUUGUGAUUUGAAAUGCUAUUUUGAAAAAGUUUAACACAGAUUCUUGGUAAAAAUACAAGGUUGAUACUCUGGUUUCAGAUUACAUAAAUCUUUUGCCUUUUCCUAAAGAUUUCCAUGGAGAAGUACAGAAAUGAGUUUUUACCCAAUUUUUGAGGCCUUGUUUUUAUGAUGCUACCUUAAAAAAAAUACAAGGUUGAAUGUCACUGAAGGGACAUGGUUUGAUUUCAUUCUUCAUGUAUGAAAUCGGAAGUGAACCCAGUUACAGUUGGAUUAAAGCAUUGUGCCAUUUAGUGCAACAGAGAACUCUGGGAUAGCUUUUAAUAAGACAUUUGUAGGACUUUAUUGAAAAAUAUGCUUUUAAUUUUUUUUGCCACUUGUUCCAUUUUUUUAGAUUUAUUCAUACUAAUAAACCAGACAUUUUAUGCCUCAA